AUGGGCACCAGGCAGUUGUCAGCUUCCGCGGCGCCGGCACCGAAAGCCUCGCGCGGCGCUUUACAUCUCAACAAAUUGAAUGUACCGGCCCCUCCCGGCUGCACCGCCACAGUGAGCACCUUUGGGCCGAACACCCCGCUGGCCAAGACCCCGAUCCCCACCGCGGCCACCGCUACCGCCAGCGCUGCCGUGAGCAGCGAGCAUGCAAAGCGUUUCCAGGAGGCCCUGUGUGUGGACUCAGUGGAUAUGGCGCUACUGCGGGAGCUGAGCUGGCAGGGCUGCCCUGUUGCUCUCCGGUACGAGGCAUGGAUGUUUCUCACCGGAUGCUGGACGGCGCAGGCAGCAACGCGCCAGCCGACCGUGUUGAGGCGUCGUGUCGAGUACGUCGCGUAUAUCCACAGCUCCUACGGCAUCGUCGACUGGGACGCCGUGUGCGCGAUGGUGGACAGUGGCGUCGACACAGCCGUGCACCGGUCAACCCUCAAGUCACUCGAGCACACUGCUGAUGCAUCGCAGGUGGCCCCACCGCACGGUAUCUCACGGAGUUUCUUGCGUGCUGCGCCGCUGACGACUGGCGGCAGCACAGGCACGGCGGCAAAGGAGGCUGCUGCCGCUCUGCCUCCGUCCCUUUUGCAGCGCCCAGACGGGCUGCAGAGCGCCUCCCUCCCCCUCGAGGAUGUUCGAUCGAAGUUGCCGCAGAACACGGGCGAGAGUGACGCGCCGCCGCCGUCGCAGCUGCCACAGCACCAGUCAGCGGAUCUCCAGACAGCAAGCCCUUCCCUGGGCACUCUGCCAGCCCCCUCUGGUUCCUCGUUCCGCGCCCCCGCCUCGGUGGGGUUCAUCGAUACCGCCGGUGCCGGUCCGGCUUUUCCUCCCCAAAUUUCUGCGCCACCUCUCCCCGGGUUUGCGACGCUCGGGCUGUCGAAUGUGGUGCCAGCGACGGCGGCGCCAUCUGCUGCCAGUGGCGGUGGUGGCGGGGCGACAGGGCACCAGCUUAGUGCCAGCACGAUGCUGGGCUCGAAGGAGUUGCAGACGCUGAAGCAGAUCCGAAAGGACAUACCUCGCAUGUCGGGCGGCCACUGCUACCUGCGCCACCCACGCGUGCAGGGCUCCAUUGAGCGCAUCCUGUUCAUCUGGUCCCUGCGCCACCCGGCCUGCGGCUACGUGCAGGGCAUGAAUGACCUUGUUGUUCCGUUCAUGGGCGUGGUGCUGGGCUACCGCUUCUGUCCGACUCACUCGGUAACAGAGCUGCACGCCUACACCGAGGACAUCUUCGACGAUCUGUGGUCCGUCUCGGCAGUUUCGGUUACGCAGUGGAUCAACGAGGUGGAGGCGGAUGUAUACUGGAUGACCUCGUAUUUGCUCAACACCAUGCAAGAUAACUACACGAGCAGUCACGCCGGGAUCACGUCCAUGAUGCGGCACCUCGCUGCGGUCGUGCAGGUUGCCGACCCGCCGCUCUACCAUCGCUUGGUGGAUGUGUUGCAGCUCCACUUUGAUCAGUUUUCCUUUCGGUGGAUGAACUGCUUGCUAAUGCGCGAGCUGACCGAAACGCAGUCGCUGCGGCUGCUCGACGCGUAUCUGUCCGAUGAGGAGCGGCGGUGGAGUGUCACGCACGUGUACGUGUGCGCGGCACUGCUGCUGCGCUGGGGCUCACAGCUGAUGGCGUUUUGCGAGGACUAUAUCAGUGUAAUCAAGUUCUUGCAGGAACUACCAACGGAGCAGCUGUCGCUGCGCGACAUGCAAGAUGUGCUCUCAGAGGGCUUUGUGCUGCAGAACCUGUAUGAGGCCUCCCUGAAGCGAUUGUCCACGACUGCGGAGUGA